AUGGAAAUUCUAACCUUACUCAAUACCCACCCUGAUACUGGUGAAACUGCUGUCCCUCUAUACACCCAACGUGAACUUGUCGCGAUGACCCAGGCUGCUCUUGACUCGCUCGACAAUACCACCAGAUCACGCAUGGAGCUUUCAGACCUGAAGCUGCUCGCAGCGGACGCAAGUCAUCUCGGUACGAUGACCAGCCCCUACACAGGGCUUCCAGACCCGGAAGACUACGCAGCGGGCGCAAGCCAACCUACCAAAGUAAGUUCUCAGCAAAUGCCACCUCCCCCCGUCCCAACUCGAAGCCUCCAACUUCGAGACACAAAGUCCGUGGAAGGAAAUUCCACGAAAAAGGAACUUGGUUGA